AUGGCCACAUUCGCCACUGUGGACACGGCACUGAGCGCACCUGAGCCUGGACGAACGGGCGAGGAGCAGACGCCAACGACACCAAAGCCGCGAUUCGCAGCACAAGUGGCGAAGCCUACAGCUGUUGAAGAGUCAUUGCCUGAUACACCAAAGACAAAUGACUUUGGCAGCCUUUCUUGGCAGCGUCCAUUGCCAGAUGAUCCGACUAUAUUGGCGCAAGUACACAGCGAGCCUAAAGAGUCGGACAAGGAUGGUGACGAUGACGGCUCAGACGACGAAAGCGUCGCAAGUGGCUCGCAAAGACCAUCGAAGAAGAAGAAAGGGCAGCGGUUCUUCUGCACGGAGUUCCCGCCCUGCAAUCUCAGCUUCACGCGAAGCGAACACUUGGCGCGACACAUCCGGAAGCAUACCGGCGAACGACCUUUCCAAUGCCACUGUUCUCGCAGGUUCUCCCGUCUUGACAACCUUCGGCAGCAUGCGCAGACGGUCCACGUGAACGAGGAAAUACCUGGCGACUCUUUGGCUGCUACUAGCACAAGGUUUCAGCGUCAGAUACGGACGGAUCGGGUGCGACCGCCCAACAACAGGUCCCGGGCGUCAACGAUCGGCAGUCAAGGUGGUGGUCAUGGUCGAGGUCAUAGUCGCAAUCUGUCAACGUCCAGUGUAGGCUCGACAGCAUCCAGCACUGGCGCCGCCGAAGAGACUCGACGCCGUCCUCAGCCACUUGCGAUGGCCAGCGACCCGGCUGCCCGAGCAGGUCCUACGCUUGAGACGUACAAUUCAAUAAACGGCAGUCCUGGCCCGCAGUACGCAUACUACAAUCCCUCGCCAGCAGGCUACAGCACUCCAACUUCGACAUCAUUCUCGACAGGGCCUGGCAGCCCUUACUUUGGCUCUCCGUCUUCGAACUUGUCACGCAACACCUUCUACAACGGCGCCAGACAUGGACCGCCGGGUCGCCGACUAUCAGUCCCUUCUGCCGCAAAUCCAUACCAGAACCCGACUGGCGCCACCUACCCGCCAGCAUACUUCAGCCCCAUCCCUUCCAGCUCCUCAGCGACCUUCUCGCAAAGCGGAAGUAUGUUCGGUAGCCCGACUAGUUCCGUGUUCUCAGGUGGACGGCGCGAGUCGGAGGCCGAGCUCGAAUACCGGCGGCGGACGUGGCACCCUGGCACUUACUAUGCGCAACGGCCAGCAACGAGCGGGUUAUCUUAUCAGCAGACGCCGGACGAUCAGGCGCCGGCACCUUCUGGGCAGCCUGCAGCAAGCCAGAUGACGCGCUUGCCGGGCAUAGAAAGCUUUGAUCAUGCACCCCGGCCUGCUGCUCGCCAGCAGUCGAGCCCCAUGAUGGUUGACGACCGUCCACCGAGCUCCCACCGCGUCUCGGAUGCCGGGUUGCACCAAAACCUGACAAAGCUGGACAUUGCAGCUGCGAAUGCCCCCGUCGAAGGACACUGGCCUGCAGUGCAGCCAAUGCCAGCCGCUCCACCCGGCUACUUCGCUCAGCAGCCGCCGCCAACCACGAUCGCCCCGCAGGCCAUCCAUCACCAGCAUUCUGCCUCCAUGCCGGAGCCCGUCACGCCGCGCAAGAACAAGCGACAAGGCUGGUACGGCGGGCCCAUGCAAGCGUAUCAGUCCGCAGCCCUUCCAAUCCAGCGACCGUCUCCGGAAGAUUCUGGCAGCAGUGAAGGCGUGCCCACCCCGUCGACCUCCCAAGGCACAGAGUAUCACCCGGUCAUAGUCGGCCCAAAUGGCACGGCCGAGGCGUACGCGCCGGGCGGAAUGGUUGUUGACGAGCACAAGCCAGCCAGGGCUGACUCAGGCUUCCAGUCCUACAUUCAGCCUCCGGUCAUUGCAGCACCGCCGCAGACCUACACGCUGCAGACGGGUCACGAUCCCAGAUACACAUCCGAUUACACUCAGGCUCCCAACAACGGCAUGGGCCGUCUUGAAGCUCUUGUCGCUGUUGCGACGAGCGAAGGGCGCGCUGCUGAGCACCGCUCCUAG